GAAAAGGAGAAGAGAGAGGAGAUUUCAGAUUUUCAUAUUUAUAACACCAGAACUCUCAUGUUUAUAACGCUGAACUCAGAAAAUGUUUUAUGAUGACAGCGAAACAGGUGGACACAUACUCAGGCCUCUCUUAGCCAUGGAACCAACAUCUAUGAAGCCCCACAACCAUCCUAGGGCAGACAAUCUGAGCCAUGGAAGACACAAACUCUGUCGAGCAUCUCCGGGGGCUCGUUCCUUGCUCUGUCUGCCUGGAGCGCUGUCGAGAUCCAGUGAUCAGACACUGCGGCCACAGCUUGUGCCAGGCCUGCAUCAACCGGCCCCGGAGCGAAGUGACAGAGCAAAUCACCUGCCCGUGGUGCAAAGAAGAUUUUCAGGAGGGAAAAUCCGGCUCUGACAACGAACCCUGGAAGGCGGAAGAAAUAGACAAGUGGCUCCUGUUAGAGGAGCUGAGUUUGUGGCCAGAAAGGGUGUGUGAGAACCACAGCGAAGAGCUAAAACUCUACUGCGUAGAGGAUCAAACCUUCAUUUGCGUUGUCUGCAGGGAUGCCCAGAAUCAUAGAUCACACACAGUGAUUCCCAGAGAGGAGGCUGAUGCCAGCAUAAACCAGGGCAUCAGGCGUCCCUUGGCUGGCCGGAAGACGUUUCCAAAAUCAAAGCCAACUUCUACCUUCAGCGGAGACAUAAACAGGGUGGAGCUGGCGAAGCAGGCUGAGGAUGGUGACCCAGUUGGACUCCAAGACAAUCCAUCUUUCUCCAAGAUCCAGACAUUCAUGGCGUGGAUGGUCCUACUCAUUUUCCUGAUUGCGAUCGGAGGAUUGAGCGCCACCAUAUUUGUUUUCACACGAGCUGCCAUCAAACCUGACACAGCUGCUCUGAGAGCGUCUGCUGCCCCAUGCUGUGAUGAAGGCUGGAUCGCCUCCCAAGGAAAGUGCUACUAUUUUUCUGAAGAGGAAGGGAACUGGAAAUCCGGCCAGAAUUACUGCUCUUCACACGCUGCCUCUCUGGCUGCAAACAGUAGCUUAGAGGCUCUGAAUACCGCAAUGCACCAUAAAGGCCCCUCUGAUCACUGGGUUGGACUCCGGAGGGAACCAGGCCAGCCCUGGAGAUGGGUGGAUGGCGCUGCAUUCAACCACCUCUUUGAGAUCAGAGGAGCCGGACUCUGCGCUUACCUGGAUAACGGCGUUGUGAACAGCACAGGCUGCGACACUGAGAGGAAAUGGGCCUGCAGCAAGCUGGACGGAGAGACCGGGGGGAAGCAGAGGGCCCCAAAGUGUUAAGAGCAGCCAAACUGCAGGCUUAGGCUGCAGCAUGACUGUAAUAAGACCCCCGUGGCGGGAACCAGGUUGGACCUCUCUGGAUGACACCAGAGCAGAACUUGGCAGUUUGUCUCUAACUAACAUUAUUCUCUAAAUGUCACCGUCACAGACUGGGAGGACAGACAGAUCCAUAGUCAUCUAGAAGCCCAGUGCUAACGUCCGGCAAUUCUGAAGGAUCUGAUUUUUAAAACAAGUGAUCUAUUUAACCAAGCCACAGAAAUCAUAAGAACACAAGAACGGCCAUCCUGGGUCAGACCAAAGGUCCAUCUAGCACAGUAUCCUGUCUUCCAACCAUGGCCAAUGCCAGGUGCCCCAGAGGGAAUGAACAGAACAGGGAAUCAUCGAGUGAUCCAUCCCCUGUCACCCAUUCCCAAAUUCUGGCAGACAGAGGCUAGGGACACCAUCCCUGCCCAUCCUGGCUAAUAGCCAUUGAUGGACCUGUACUCCAUGAAUUUAUCUAGUUCCUUUUUUAAACCCUGUUAUAGUCUUGGCCUUCACAACAUCCUCUGGCAAAGAGUUCCACAGGUUAACUGUGCGUUGUGUGAAGAAAAACUUCCUUUUAUUUGUUUGAAACCUGCUGCCUAUUAGUUUCAUCUGUUGACCCCUAGUUCUUGUGUGAUGAGAAGGGGUAAACAACUUGUCCUUCUUUACUUUCUCCACACCAGCCAUGAUUUUAUAGACCUCUAUCAUAUCCCCCCUCAGUCGUCUUUUUGCCAAGUUGAAAACUCCCAGCCUUAUUAAUCUCUCCUCAUACCUUUUUGCCUCUCACUGCUUCUUUUACUUUGUUGUUUAGCCACGGUGGCACUUUUUUGAUUCUCUUACUAUGUUUUUUUAAUUUGGGAUAAACCUUUAGUUGAGCCUCUGUUACGGUGUCUUUUAAAAGUUUCCCUGCAGGGAUUUCACUUUUGGUGUUGUACCUUUCAAUUUCUGUUCAGCUAACGUCCUCAUUUUUGUGUAGUUCCCCUUUCUGAAAUUAAAUGCUACAGUGUUGGGCCGCUGUGGAGUUUUCCCCACCACUAUUACCAGGUGGUCCAGCUAUA